AGAGGUUUGCUUGUUUGAUUUUAUUUUCGAGUUGCCUUGCGUUGCGUUCUUGAUUCGUAUGUUAAAAUUUUCUCCUCAAGACAGUCUAGUCUCUAUUUCCAGCCAUAGCUAGACACAUCACCCCUGUGGGCUCCCAGAAACGAGCAGAGUCUUGGGGCUGCUGUGUACACAGUUUGACCACCUUGGAGGUAGACCAGCAUUUCGAACUUUGCACCGCCACUCUGCUCGAUAAACGCUCAAACAAGCACAAACACCCCAAGAAAGAAGCCAGUUAUACCAUUUCUUUGACGAUUUGUGCGCAAUAAGAAGAUGCCUGAUCUACCAAGUCUGAGCGGUAAGGUGUGCCUGGUCACUGGGGCAUCUCGAGGAAUAGGCAAGGGCAUAGCUCUGAUGCUCGGGAAAGCUGGAGCUACUGUCUACGUUACAGGGCGUACACUACAAUCAGCUACAGGAAAACCUGGUUCUCUCAUGGAAACAGCCCAGGAGGUGGAAUAUGCAGGGGGUAAGUGUAUUCCUGUGCAGUGUGACCAUGGCAAAGAUGAGGAUGUCAAACAGCUGUUUGCAAGAAUCAAGCGUGAGCAGGGCGGCCGUCUAGAUGUGCUGGUAAACAAUGCUUAUAAAGGUGUCCAGACUAUCUUCGAAACAUAUGGCAAGCCCUUCUAUGAGCAGCCAAUCAGUUUGUGGGAUGACAUCAAUGAUGUCGGUCUCAGGUCCAGCUAUGUGGCUUCAUGGUUUGGUGCGCAGAUGAUGGUCCAAGCCAAACAAGGCCUAAUUGUUAACAUCUCCUCUCCUGGGGGAUUGGUAUAUUUUUUGAAUGUUCCUUAUGGAGUUGGCAAGGCAGCGACGGACCGUAUGAUGGCGGAUAUGUCGAUCGAGCUAAGGAAGAAUAAUGUGGCAGCCAUCUCUCUCUGGCCCGGACCUGUCAGUACAGAGGCUAUAAAAGACAUGCUGAAGUCUGAGAAAAGUAGUCAGAUGCAAAGAGUGUUUGCGGACAGCGAAGAUGUGACUUUUACUGGAAAAGCUGUGGCUUGGCUUGCUGCUGAUCCAGAUAUCAUGAAGAAAAGUGGCAGUGUGCAGAUCGUAGCGGAGUUAGCGCGAGAGUACGGUUUCACCGAUGUGGGAGGGGUAAUGCCAUUGUCGCUACGUCAAGUAAAAAAGCUGGUUCAGAGAGCGUUCCCAAGCCUAGCCUGGCUGGUUCCCGAGUUCCUUUACAUACCGGCAUGGUUGAUAUCCGCCAACACGCACAAGUUCAAACCACCAUCGAAAUUAGCGUGAAGAGAAAGAUCUCGCAGAAGAGAUCUCAUUCCUUCUUCAUCGCGAUUUAGUAGGAAGAUCAGUUCGUUUUGCCCAUUCAGACCCUAUUUAGUAUGUCCUUAGUGACCAGUGACCACCCCCAGUGACAUUGCUUACUAACCGAGGGCCAUAUGUUAGAAAACUGUAUAUUCGGAUAAACAAAGGUUAAACUGAAAAUGAAUUCCCACGCUGUUGCACCUGUGGUGAAAUUUAAAAGAUCUUGUAUUUCCAAAACUAAGCGAAAUAUCUGAUUGUUAUUUUUUUGGUAGGGGAAAUAUAAUAGCAUUUGUUAAUAUUUCAAGAUAAAACUGUCGUCGGCUGCAUCAAAAUGA